AUGUCCGCCUUGUCACAGAAGCCGGCGGUGCCUGCUUCACAGCUUUAUACCAAACUGAAAAGAGUGGGUAAAGGUGCCUAUGGUUCUGUUUAUAAGGGGAUCAACAACAAGACAAAGCAAAUCGUCGCAAUCAAGGUGCUCAACCUAGACACCGAGGAAGAUGACGUCGACGAUAUUCAGAAGGAAAUCAGUCUAUUGUCCCAGCUGACUCUCGCUCGUUCUCGAAAUAUUACGCCUUAUUAUGGAAGUAUAUUGAACGACACCAAACUGUGGAUCAUUAUGGAUUACGCUGCAGGCGGUAGUGUCCGAACUAUUAUGAAGUCAGGUCCUAUUGAAGAAAAAUAUGCCUCUGUUAUUACACGGGAAGUUUUGUUGGCGUUAUCCUACUUGCACAAGAAUCACAUCAUUCAUAGAGAUAUCAAAGCGGCGAAUAUCCUUUUGACCGCAGAGGGCAAUGUUCAGCUGUGUGAUUUUGGCGUGGCAGGGCAGACGUCUGUUAGUUCGCUCAAAAGAAACACAUUCGUCGGUACACCAUACUGGAUGGCACCGGAAGUCAUCAGAGAAGGAGCUUCUUACGAUUACAAGGCGGAUAUAUGGUCGUUGGGUAUCACUGUAUAUGAGAUGAUCAUAGGAAACCCGCCCUUGGCUCACGUCGAUCCCAUGCGAGCGGUCAUACUGAUCCCGAAAACUAAGCCGCCAACGAUGGAUGAUGCUCACUCCACCCAACUAAAAGAUUUCAUUGAAUCGUGUUUAUGCGAAGAUCCGAAUGAUCGAUUAAACGCCGACGAGUUGAUGAAAACCAAAUUUAUCAAAAGCUCCAACAAAACACCCAAAGCUAUUUUACGAAAUCUCAUUGCCCGUUAUGAAUGGUGGAAAAACAACAAUGAAACCAACAAACGUCUCAGCAUAAUAUCGGAUGAUCUCAGUGAUAGGUAA